AUGAAUCAACGUAAGAAUAAAAGGUACAAAGUUCAUUUCACCGUUCUUACAAUCAAAUGUUGGGUUGGUUUGACGAAAUGAUUUCAAAGGAAUACUUUAAAAUCAAUUUCAGAUUUUUUCCUUUCGAAAAUUUUCUUACUCAUCGCUACGUUACUCUUGUUUGCAAUCAGUUGCAGCUCAAAAAAGAAAAAGAAGGUACAUUUUCAGGCCAAGUGCAAGCUCUCAAAAAGUUCGAGUAGACCAAAAUGCAGCUUUGAAAAACUUUAAGUAGACUAAAAUGCAGCUCUCAAAAACUUUAAGCAGACCAAAAUUCAGCUCUCAAAAACUUUAAGCAGACCAAAAUGCAGCUCUCAAAAACUUUAAGCAGACCAAAAUGCAGCUCUCAAAAACUUUAAGUAGACUAAAAUGCAGCUCUCAAAAACUUUAAGCAGACCAAAAUUCAGCUCUCAAAAACUUUAAGCAGACCAAAAUGCAGCUCUAAAAAACUUUAAGCAGACCAAAAUGCAGCUCUCAAAAACUUUAAGCAGACCAAAAUGCAGCUUUCAAAAUAAGGUUUAAGGCAAAGUAGAACACAUGAAAACUUUUACAGCAAAAGAGCAAGUCGAAAUCGAGAAAUAAUCAUGGAAAGUUGCGCAAAACCAAAACAAAGGGGUCGGCAACGGGCUCAGUCCCGACAACCCCAGUCACAACGCCGGGGCACUCCGGGCGCCGAUGUGCAGGCGAUGUUGGUCAUGACCCCUUCAAAAACAGCGCUGCAAAAUGCGCCAAAGGUUUGUCAGAUGCUUGAAUAGCCUUCUUGACCAUCUUUUGUAGGAAGAAGUCAAGAAGACUUCGCAAGAGGUCGCGUCAGCCGAGAAAGUCGGAUCGGCAAAGGAAGAGAAAAAGAAAAAGGAGGAUGAUGAUCCGGAGGCUACAGCCCAGCAUCUGACCAGGUAAAGAGUUUUGACAAUUCGAAUCGCAGUUAAGAUAGGUCGAAGUUUCUUUUCAAAGAAAUAUGAGACCAAAAUGCAGCUAUCGAGGAGGGAAUUCAGUUUUAAGAUAGUUUUAGUUGAGAAAAGCUGGACAGACCAAAAUGCAGCUUCCAAUAAGCAGACCAAAUUUUGGUUGCAAGAAGCUAGGCAGACCAAAAUGCAGCUCUCAAAAAGUUUAAGCAGACCAAAAUGCAGCCCUCAAAAAGUUUAAGCAGACCAAAAAUGCAGCUCCCAAAAAGUUUAAGCAGACCAAAAUGCAGCCCUCAAAAAGUUUAAGCAGACCAAAAUGCAGCUCCCAAAAAGGUUUAAGCAGACCGAAAUGCAGCUCCCAAAAAAGUUUAAGCAGACCAAACUUCAGGUCCAAGAAAGCCUGGUUCAAAGUUUUCCCGCAAGGAACUUCAAAAUUUUAGCGAAGUCGCGAUAAAAAGACAAGCUAAUCCUUUUCCUUUUAAUUUUCGAAGUUUCCAAGAUUUGGACCUUUCAAAGAUUAUUAUUCUGAGUAAGAGAAAAAUGGUCAAAAAUCAUAAUUAUAGAGGAAACUUGUUCAACCUAUAUUUUUGUACAGGUGUCGCGACUACACGCCAGCCAUCCUAAAACAGUACGACCAUCUUUUCGAUCUACUCUGA